GCGUGGCUUCGGAACCGGAAGGAGAUUUUGUUGCUAAGGGUACGCCGUGCGCUGGGGCGCGUGAUCAGCCACUGAUGCUCCUACCUGGGCCUACGCCGCCAGUUCUCUUAACUUGGAGUGGCGGCUGUGGUCGGGGCAAGGGGACCUUCCUGUGGAGGCCUCGAGAAGAAGGGUGAGGCUGCCUGCAGAUCCCAACCCGAGUCGGAUACCGGCAGUUCGCACACUCCUGUUUCUCAGCAGUCCCCAGGCUCUCGGACUGCCCUCAAAGAUCAGUUGCAUUGUAAAUAUUUAAAUCACAUUAUGGGAUUGCUGGACAGACUUUCAGGCUUACUUGGCCUGAGGAAGAAGGAGGUUCAUGUUUUAUGCCUUGGGCUGGAUAAUAGUGGCAAAACAACAAUCAUUAACAAACUUAAACCUUCAAAUGCUCAAUCUCAGGACAUAGUUCCAACAAUAGGAUUCAGCGUAGAGAAAUUUAAAUCAUCCAGUUUGAAUUUUACAGUAUUUGAUAUGUCCGGUCAGGGAAGAUACAGAAAUCUCUGGGAACACUAUUAUAAAGAUGGACAAGCCAUUAUAUUUGUCAUUGAUAGCAGUGAUAAAUUAAGAAUGGUUGUGGCCAAAGAAGAACUUGAUACUCUUCUAAAUCACCCAGAUAUAAAGCACCGUCGAAUUCCAAUCUUAUUUUUUGCAAACAAAAUGGAUCUUAGAGAUGCAGUGACGUCUGUGAAAGUGUCUCAGUUACUGUGCUUAGAGAACAUCAAAGAUAAGCCAUGGCAUAUCUGUGCUAGUGAUGCCAUUAAAGGAGAAGGAUUGCAAGAAGGUGUGGACUGGCUUCAAGAAAAAACAGUACAAUCAGAUCCAAGCUGUGAAGACAUGAAAAGAUAGUUUCCGGAAACCUCAUAGUUUUGAAUUGGAAUAUAUCCAAGGCAAACUGAAUAAUUUUAUUUUUUUAAAGAGAUAUAUUAGCCAAUCAUUUUAUAAUAUUCUGCUUGCUUGCAUGGACUCUGGAAGAGCUUUUUAAGAACUUAGGACAGGAGGUAUUACUAAUCUGGGCAUUAAUUAUAUGAAGACCAAAUUUGCCCUCAGAGCUCUCUAGAAUUACUGGCUUCUUAUAAAAGUCUACACCUUCAUUGUAAUUAUAAUGUGCAAAUACCAGUUAUAAGCCAUCUCAAUAUCCUAUCAUGAUUUAUGAUGUCUUUAAUGUAUUUUUAUUUUUUAAUUGUAUUUUUAAAAUUUACUUUAUACAAUUACUUUAAAGUAUAAAUUGUGCUUGUGAAACAGCUUAAAUAUUUAUGAAGGAACCACAGAUGACUAGUAAUAUCAAAGUUCUAUUGUGUCACUGUCAAUAAAAGGAAAAAAUGAGA